UCGAGGUGUCGGACGCGUCGGCCAGUCUUUCUUCUGUUCUCGCACUUGCAAGAAAGAAAUAACAAUGGCGGACGCUGCUCCAGCCGCUCGUGGAGGUUUCCGUGGAGGUUUUGGCUCUCGUGGAGCAGGAGGUGAUCGUGGAGGCUUAAGAGGUCGAGGACGCGGAGGUAGAGGCAGAGGACGCGGCCGUGGUCGCGGCAAGGAAGAUAGCAAAGAAUGGGUCCCUGUCACAAAGCUUGGUCGCUUGGUCAAGGAGGGUAAAAUUCAGACGCUAGAACACAUCUACCUGUUCUCUUUACCCAUCAAGGAGUACGAGAUCAUCGACAAGUUUCUUGGAGCAGAUCUCAAGGACGAGGUUCUGAAAAUCAUGCCUGUACAGAAGCAGACCAGAGCUGGUCAACGUACUCGUUUCAAGGCUUUUGUGGCGAUUGGAGACAGCAACGGUCACAUCGGGCUGGGAGUAAAGUGCUCCAAAGAAGUAGCCACUGCUAUUCGUGGCGCCAUCAUACUGGCCAAGCUAUCGGUGGUGCCGGUACGACGUGGGUAUUGGGGUAAUAAGAUCGGCAAGCCGCACACGGUGCCCUGCAAGGUCACCGGUAAAUGUGGCUCUGUGCAAGUACGUUUGAUCCCGGCGCCCAGAGGUACCGGCAUCGUCUCCGCACCGGUUCCCAAGAAGCUGCUUCAAAUGGCCGGAAUCGAGGACUGCUACACCUCCGCCCGAGGCUCAACCUGCACACUCGGCAAUUUCGCCAAGGCUACUUACGCUGCGAUCGCCAAGACAUACGCCUAUCUGACACCGGACUUGUGGAAAGAACAGGCUUUGGCUAAAGCGCCUUACCAAGAAUUCGCAGACUUUCUGUCAAAGAAUCACAAGGGAGGCACUAGAGCAGCUGACGUUGUCUAAAUAAACAUACGGCCCCCAUGGGAGCUCUUGAAAAAAAAUGUAGAAACACAACUUGUAAUUUUUUUCCUUCUCUCGCCAUCCACUUCUGUAGAAGUUUAUGCAUUACGCAUUUUAAUACAUUAUUAACAUACAAAUGACGAUUACA